AUGGUGGGAAGUGGCGUGGAGCCAAAUGGGUUCACUUUAUCUGCUGUAGUUAAGGCGUGUUCUGAACUUGGUGAGUUGAAGUUGGGUAAAUGUUUUCAUGGGGUUGUGAUUAAGUGUAAUUUUGACACCAACCAUGUGAUUGCUAGCUCUUUGAUUGAUAUGUAUGGGAGGAACAAUGAGGCGGAGGACUCGCGAAAACGUUUCGAUGAAUUGCUUGAACCGGAUGCAAUUUGUUGGACUUCCGUGAUUUCUGCUUAUACUAGGAAUGAUUUGUAUGAGAAAGCUUUGAGCUUUUUCUACUUGAUGCACAGGGGCAAUGGGCUCUUUCCUGAUGGACAUACAUUCGGCAGCCUCUUAACUGCUUUGGGAAAUUUAGGGUGGUUGAGACAGUGUAAACAAGUUCACGCUAUGGUUGUAACCGAGAAGAAUGCAGUGACGUGGUGUGCUUUGCUUGGGGGUUAUUGCCAAAAGGGUGAUUUUGAUACUGUUAUUCAGCUUUUCAGGAUGAUGGAUGUAGUCGAUCUUUACUGCUUUGGAACAAUUCUCCGGGCUUGUUCAGGGUUAGCUGCUGUAAGGCCUGGGAAGGAGGAGUUAACGCAUGAUGUAUUUGAAGUUCCAUCUCCCUGA